GCCGCGGCUGUCUCCUCUUGGGCCUUGCGCGGGCGGCGGGGCCGCGCAUGCGCCACCCAGAGGCGUGGGCGUAGCGCAUGCGCGUUGGGGUCCCCGGAGGGGCGAAGGCCGCGGAGGAAGGAUACGGCGGCUGCGCCGCCGGCGGGAGGCGCAUGCGCAGGCGGAGCCCGUGAGGGGCGGGUGCGGCGGUUGAGCGAGCUAGCGGCCGCGGGUAGUGGUGGUGGGGGGAGGCGGCCGCCCGCCCCCAUGCAGGAGAUGAUCGAGAUGGCGGCGGAGAAGGAGACGUUCCUGUGUCCGGCCCCGCCGGCCGCCCGUCAAGCUCCCCCGCGCGUCCGGUGGCGCGGGCUGGGGGGGGGCGGCCCCGACGGGGCGUGCCGUCACCAGGAGGGCGCCCCCCCGGGGGCCGGCCCCAAGGAGGAAGACGGCGUGGGCGAGCUGCAGCGGCCUCGCAAUGGCUUCCAGCCCCAGCGGCCGGCUGGGGGCAAGCGGCGCAACAGCUGCAAUGUGGGCUUCAAGCACCCGGCCUCCAAGCGCCGGCGCCGCGUCAACUCCGAGUGCGACCCGGUGCUGCCCUCCGAGUUCCUGCUGGGGGGCAACAUCUUCGACCCCCUCAACCUCAACAGCCUCCUGGACGAGGAGGUGAACCAGGCCCUCAACGCCGAGACCCCCAAGUCAUCGCCACUGCCGGCCAAGGGCCGGGACCCGGUGGAGAUCCUCAUCCCCAAGGACAUCACGGACCCGCUCAGCCUCAACGCCCAGGACGGCGACGCAGCCCUGGUGCUGGCCUCGCCCUUCAAGACAGGCCGCAAGCGCCACCGCCACCGGGGCCAGCAGCGGGGCAGCAGCGGGGCUGGGGACUGCAAGCCGGCCGCCUGCAAGGCCUGCGACGCCACCUGCCCCACCCCGCAGCCCUACGAACUCAACACGGCCAUCAACUGCAGGGACGAGGUGGUCUCCCCGCUGCUCCCCCUGGCCGCCGAGGGGGCGGGCUGCGUCACCCCCUCUUGCGCCGCCUUCUCUGGCGGCCGCCACCAUCACCGCAAAAGGCGCCGGACUAGCAGCAAAUCAGAGGCGGCCGGGGGCCCCAAGCUGCCACCGCCUCCCUCCACCCCGGGCGGGGGCAAAGGUGGGGGCCAGCCAGGCAAGAGCAGCCCGGAAAAGGGCAAAGGGGCCGGGCGGAACCAACAGGCACCCACGGCCAAGCGGAGGCAUCAACAGAGGAAGUUCCAGUAUGGGAACUACUGCAAAUACUACGGCUACAGGAAUCCCAACUGCGAGGAUGCCCGGCUGCGGGUCAUGAAGCCCGAGUGGUUCGAGGGCAAAGAGGUGCUGGACCUGGGCUGCAAUGUGGGGCACCUCACCCUGAGCGUGGCCAAGAAGUGGAAACCUGCCCGGGUGGUGGGACUGGACAUUGACGGGGGCCUGAUCCACUCGGCCCGCCAGAACAUCCGCCACUACCUGUCUGAGGAGAUCCAGCAGCGGCAGGACGACGACGAGCAGGGAGCUGGCCCCAAGAGGCGGAGGGGCUGCUUCCCUGCCUCGCUGGCGGCCAGCAGGGGGCCCAUCGCUGCCCCUCGGGUGCCCCAGGAUGGGGCCGGGGCCGCCGACUUCCCCGACAACGUGAUCUUUGUCCGGGGGAACUAUGUGCUGGAGCGGGACGAGCUGCUGGAGACGCAGGGCGCCGAGUACGACGUGGUCUUGUGCCUCAGCCUCACCAAGUGGGUGCACCUCAACUGGGGGGACGACGGGCUGAAGCGGCUCUUCAAGCGCAUCUUCCGCCACCUGCGGCCCGGCGGCCUCCUGCUGCUGGAGCCCCAACCCUGGUCGUCUUAUGGCAAGCGCAAGAACCUGACGGAAACCAUCUACAGAAACUACUACCGCAUCCAGCUGAAACCGGAGCAGUUCCCCUCCUACCUGACCUCCCCGGAGGUGGGCUUCUCCAGCUGCGAGCUGGUGGCCAGGCCCUACAACAGCUCCAGAGGCUUCCAGCGCCCCAUCUAUCUCCUUCACAAAGGCCACCCCGCUGCCCACUGAGGGAGAAGCGGCCGACGCUCGGGCCCGGAGCCCCCCCGUUUUUUUUGUUGCGUUGGAGGACAGCUGGGCUGAGCCUGUCGGACUGGCAGCCGCUGGACGUGACGCAGCUCCCCAGGCGCCAGCGGGCCCACGGCCCGGCCCACGGGGUUUGCGCUCAGCGAAUCCGCCGUGUGAGAGGGGCUGCCCUCUGCUGGACACUACUUAGCGCUGCAGCCUGGAGGAGACCUGCGGGGCCCUGUGCUGAAUACUCAGCACCCCCCACCCCCUUGGACCUUGUACAGCUCAUCUCUCUGCAGCAGGGAGGGGCCCUUUGCAUCUGUUGUUAGGGGAGGAGACCAAACAGGGCAGCAGCUGCCUCCGUUUCUCCUCUGCUGUAAAGGGGGGGGCAGUGGGGGCAGUUGGAUCCCAGGGCUGGUUCCCCUCUGGAGCUGGGGGGGGAUGCCCCCCGUGUGUGAUGUGGAGUUUUAUCUUUACAGAUGUUGAUUCUAUUAUAUAUAAAUAAAAGCUACGGAUUAUU